GUUCAAUUUAUUCAAUAAAACAAACAAAUCUUUCCCCUUGUCAGGCAUGCUGUAUGCACCUAUAUGAUGACGGCCGAUCAUAUGAAAUGACGAAUCCUUUUUGCGGUACAACACCUGUAUGCUUUCCCUGUAUUAUUUUUUAUUUUUGUCAAGAAAACUAGUUUAAACAAAUUCACGGUUGAUCCAUAGGUGAUGUAAUGAGAAAUACAGCAUUUACCGCAUCUUUAGCCUGCAGGGCAACGCGAUAACCAUGCACUCUUCUGCGUAACUAGUAUGAAGUUUCAGUACCUUCGGGAUAAUAUGUAAAUAUAUGAUACAUUUAUUAGAGUGCAUAUGAUAUUUUAGUACAAAUACUGAUCACGUGUUUUCCUGAUUUCAUUAGACAGGUACAAAGCCCCAAAAGUUUGAGUUAGGGAUUUGGUUUCGCUUUUUGUACUACUAAGAGGCCGAACGUUGCCCACUUGGUUCCAAAAUACUUCCUACAAAGUGAGAGGUGAGAAGGUUCAGCAGGUUUUAAUAGAUAACCAAAAGAGAAAGCUGACCUGUCGGCGCUGGUCACUCACCCUGAGAGACUAUACAGCCUGGAGGGCUAAGCGACAAUAAACCAAAUUCUUCAGGUGGAGGUUUCUAAUUGCCUCUUUAAAAAAAUGUAACCCCAAUAUCAGACAUAAUUUACAUAAUAGAAAAAAAAAAAGUAAUAAGGCAUGUUUUCUACAGACACGCAACGUCACAUUAAAUUAUAUUUAUGUUUGAAAAGCAGAGUAUGCAUGCAUCUGUGCAUGAAUGUGUGUUCACAGAGCACAAUGGAUGGACUUCACGCUUCUUCGCAGCCUAGAAUAUUGUAAAUAGCCUAUGUUACUUGUUAAAUUCUGCACUUUUCCGAGCAUCAAAAAUAUUGCUAAAAUGUUGUGUAAAUGUUGAUCUGAAGUAUUUCAGCGGUGCUUUUCCGUCUUUAACGUAAUCAAAAGUGAAUGGAAGUUCAGUACAGAUAUACAUCAUGCACAUACAUGAACCAGCAAUUGGCGUUUUGUCAACAAACCAUAUAUCAUCUUGGAACAUAAAUCACUAUCUUGCAUUCCUUAUAUUCAUUCCAUAGAAUUUGCUGUGUGAGGAGCUCAUCUUUGGAACGCGUUUAGUAAAAAGUCACAUCGCUUCUUGAGUUUGAAAAAACACAUCUGCGGCAAGACUAACGAAUUAAUAUGUUGGAAAUUAGCGAAAUAUAAUUUGUUUGAAUUUCCCCUCUUUAAACUGGAAUUAAUAUAGUAUACAUAUUUCAUGCAGUCAAGGUUAUCACCAGUGCUUAAUUUUUUAUUAUCAUUAUUCUAACUUGACAUAAGGUACAAUUUUAAAUUAGGCUACUAAAGCAGCCGUGGGGUUUCACAAUAUUACAACCGUUAUAAUUUGAAGAACUGUAUCAUAAUAUAUUCUUAACAUGUUAAAAUGUAAUUGUUUUAUUUUUUAUUUUUUAUUUUUAUCCGGAAUGAUGUGACACUUAACUGUAUAUUGAUGUCUGCAUAUCAAGUAGCCUACGCAUUAGCCUACAGUUUCUGUGCAAUGUCUGUAUGCGCUAAGGCUCGAUAAAUACACUAAACGUUAUUAAUAUCACAAACAAACUACAAAGAAGAUCAGUUUUAUUCCCAUUUAAAAGAGAUAUAACUAGCGUUAAACUCUGAAAAAUAUAUUUCCAGCGUGCAAUACAUUUUAUUCCCAGUAGGUGACGCUGUCCCCUUACAUGCAGCAAAUCCCUGCAAAGGGAGGAACACGUUGACUCGAGUCUAACGACUCCCAGUCUCGUCAUCAUUUGUAACCAUAGAGCAUGAAUUACCUCUUGAAGUCAUCAGUGAGAAUUUACGACUGGUCAACAAAAGCACGUGAUUCUCAAACGCACCCCCACCCCCAUAUUUGGCCGCAUACAUAGCAAAAACGAAGUACAGUGCAUUGCUAUAAUUCAUUAAUACAUCAUAAAUCGUGAAGCACAGCGUUAUAACGACCAAGAUCUACAAAUCAAGCCCUCUAAAACAACCUAAAUGAGCUCUUACUUUGUAAACUCGUUCUCAGGGCGCUACCCAAAUGGCCCUGACUAUCAGUUACUAAAUUAUGGAACUAGCAGCAGCGCUAUGAACGCCUCGUACAGGGACUCCGGCACCAUGCAUUCAGGCUCUUACGGCUACAACUACAAUGGAAUGGACCUAAGCGUCAAUCGUUCAACCAGCACUGGCCACUUUGGGGCGGUUGGGGACAACUCCCGGGUCUUCCAGUCUCCAGCCCCGGAGACGCGAUUCCGGCAGCCGUCAAGCUGCUCGCUCGCGUCUCCGGAGCCGCUGCCUUGUUCCAACAGCGAAAGCCUUGGACCCAAAGGCUCUUCGCCCCCUUCCGAUCAAAGCAACACCACUGCGGGUAAUAAUCUAACCAACAACACACAUUUCACAGAAAUCGACGAGGCCAGCGUUUCUUCUGAGACCGAGGAGGCGUCGCACAGAGCGAACAACUCUGCACCCCGGACACAACAGAAGCAAGAGACCACGGCAACCUCCACUACCUCGGCGACGUCCGAUGGCCAAGCUCCCCAAAUAUUCCCCUGGAUGAGGAAACUACAUAUUAGCCAUGAUAUGACUGGACCAGACGGCAAAAGGGCCCGAACAGCAUAUACCCGCUAUCAGACGCUAGAGCUGGAAAAAGAGUUCCAUUUCAAUAGAUACCUCACCCGAAGGAGGAGGAUAGAGAUAGCCCACGCUCUGUGCCUCUCAGAGCGUCAAAUUAAGAUAUGGUUCCAAAACCGGCGGAUGAAAUGGAAAAAGGACAAUAAACUGAAGAGCAUGAGUCUGGCUACCGCAGGUAGCGCUUUCCAGCCAUAGCUGUAUCCCAAGUCCUACUACGUGGUGUGCAAAAGAAAAUCACGAGGAAAACGAGAUGAAAAAUAGGUCUCAAAACAUUACUUACAGAGUACUGUACAUCGCGGCACCUUUCGGCAUGUUAUGGAUGUUUUAGGCAUUUUAAAAUUCUACUGUGGUACUGCUAUAAUGAAACGAAAAUUAGUGUUCAUAUGUUGUUCUUUUAAUACUAUGGUGACUAUAAUUUUGGCAAGAAAAUAAAACUGAAGGGGGAAGAAGCUAUCAAUAUACCGUCUGAUGUUCUUGUUAUGAAUAUUGUUUAUGUGUCAAGUGCUAUGUUAAUGCUUUCUUGAGAGUUAGCAUGUGAGCUCUUAAAUGUUAUAACUUAUUUACCUAUACACGUGUAUACCUUUUGAGUUUACAGCUUAGAAACGCAUCUGCCCUUGUAUGAAGUGAAGCUCUAGUUUAGUGGUGACUGCAGUAAAUUUAGCAGAAGCCUCUGUAUAUUUCAUGGUCCUCUGUUUAAUCAUUGACUAAAUAAUCACAUUCAAUUUGUUAUGUGUUCAAACUCUUCUAUUAUUUUCGAGAGAAAAAAAAGGAAAUGUGUAAAUAGUCCUCACUAGAUUCUUGUACCCGUUCAUAUGUGUGUAUAGUUGUAUUCCAAAUAUGUAAUUGUAUAUUACUGGAUCAUGUUUAUGUUCCAAAAAGGAUGUACAUAUUGAACAUUUUUAUUGUGAUCAGUUGGCUAUUUGUAGUAGGCAGAACGAACGGCAAACGUGUGGAAAACGAAAAAAGAAAAAGAAAAAAAAAAAAUAUUAAAAAGCAAUGUCAUGUCGAACUGCCUGUUAGCAUUUUGCCAAAAAGCUUUUUGUAUUUGUUUGUAGUUUAACUUGGAGUAAAAAAUAAAGUUCCUCAUAUUCAAAUCUAA